AUGGGGAAAGUGUAUCAAAUGCUGCACAUGGAUCAGACUCGUGUUGACUGGUAUGAACUAAUAACUGGGAACAAUGCUAGACCUAGGGCAGUAACAUGCCUUUGGAUUGCCUGCCAUAGGAAACUUGCAACCAAAGAUAGGUUGGUUAAAUGGGGUAUGUUAAUCGAUAGUAAGUGCAGUCUUUGUGAGGAGGAGGAAAAUAUUGAUCAUUUGUUCUUUGUUUGUGAGAAGCUGAAAAUGGUUUGGCAAGCCAUCUUGCAGUGGAUCCAGGUUGAUCAUCAACCACUCUCAUGGGACAAUGAGGUUCUCUGGCUGCGCAACUACUACAAAGGAAAAGGCAAGCGUGUGUGGGUCAUGAGAAUAGCUAUUGCUGAGACCAUAUAUCAUUGCUGGAACUGGAGAAAUGCAAUGUGUUUUGAUGGAAACUUUGAUAGCAACAAUAUUGUAAAUAAUAUCAUAGAGGCCAUUAUACAUAGAAGCUGGCAAAAGAAGAAAUAUAGGGGCUAUACAGCAUUGUGA